AGCUAACAUUUGGCGUGAAGAAAUAGAAGGAUGUGAGCCCUUGGUGGGGGGAGAGCUAGAGAAAGAGAGAUGGGUUGCUGUCCUCUUGGCAAGAUGAUGUCCAGGACACUUAGGAAGUGCAGUGGCAAGGGAGGGAGAAGGCUGAAAGGAGCGAGGGUGCACUCCCCACCACCAGGUUACUACUCCCGCGGGAGACAAGCGGCAAAGAACGUAGCUUUCAGCGACGACCCCGUUGUCGUAUUCCCUGCCGUACAAGACCAAAGCCCGACCUCAACAAAGCACCGCCCGAUCCACCACCCGGCGGCCGACGUCUCCCCUUCGGCCCACGCCGAGAUCGCCCAAAACAAAGAACCGGACCCGGUCCGGGUCCGGUUCUCCGAUGGACCGGAACCGCACCCCAACCCGGACCCGCACCGCCGAGCUAAUCAGGACCGGGUCCGGUUCACCGAUGGACCGGAACCGUACCCCGACCCGGACCCUCACCGCCGAGCUAAUCUGCCCUGCUCGAGCCGACCACAACCGGGUCCAGUUUAUGCAGGGUUGAGUAGUUACCGCUACGUGCCGUCGCCGCUGGCGAGAUGGGAGGAAGGGGGGGAGCGGAGGAGGCCGGAGUACUUUAGCGGCGAGUAUCGUUACUAUCCUACCCCUGUUCGUGAGGGGAUCUACAGCAUUGCCACUGAUGCCAAUCGCUUAACAACCAUCUUUAGCGAGGAGAAUCCCAAUGCGUGCAGUAUUGUGUGAGGGAAAGGUUUAUGGCUUUAGGUUUGCAUGCUUGUAUUUUCGGUUUUCUACUGUUUUUAGUCUUUUUUGCGGAGAAUCUGAUGCCCAUGCACUUGAAAAAGAUGUUAGUUUCUCCAUUUGAUAGCCUCUGUAUUGAGAAAGUUGUGGGCGCAGACUACUUUCACAAAGGAUGGAGAAUAAUCAAAGGUGGCGGGCUUAUCGACUCCAUUUCAUACUUCCUAGAAUUUGGCACGUGUAAUUACAAGAGCAAAUAAUUUAAUGCAUAAUUUUUUUU